AUGAAUUUGGGUUUUGCUCUGAUGUUGGUGUGCAGCACUGCAGAGCAAGAGUACUUCUUUCAUUCAGAAAACCUCAGCUGGGCCGAUGCCAGGAACCACUGCCAGGCCUGUUACAAAGACCUGGUGACACUGACUCCUCAAAACAUCCAAAGCGUCCACCGGAAACUCACCUCUGACUGCUGGGUCGGCCUCCGCAAAAACUUCUCCUCCACCACUAACUCCACCACCAUGACUUGGCCUGGCUGGACCCGCUGGGCCAACGGGGAUCCCCUCGUCUUCCAGAACUGGUAUCCUGGCUGGCCUGUGUUGAAAUCCUCCUUACCGAAAAGCUACUGCUGCAGCUGCUCCUGCACCUGCCCAGCGACGCCAACCCCUACCAUGACCGGUUUCACAGAAUUCACAAGCUCAAAUAUGACGAGCUUCACCAGCGUCACAGACCAAAGUUGGACAAAUUCCAGUGGACUUAAUGAAACCAACUCUGCGCCCAUGACCACGGCGUUGCCAAGAGCAGCAGAAUGUGAUCGAUCACCUAUGCUGCCGGACAUCCCUAAUAUUGAUGAAAAUUAUAUUGAAGACUCUUGUGUGGCCAUGCUCAGCUUUGGGGCUUGGGUUGAAAAGAACUGCUCGGAGCUUCUGCCUUCUAUAUGUUAUGAAGAUAUUUUCCAUGGCCAAGUCAACGUGACCUAUGUGACUAAAGAGAGCGCUAAUCUCACAUGGCUACCUGGACCUGGCAACAUUAGCAGUUACCGUUUAGAGGUUAAAGGCGGCAUACUGCCGACCUAUAAUCUGACAAAUUUGACCUAUGACCUUGUCAACCUGACAGCAGGCACCUACUACUCAGUCCGGGUAUUCCCCGUUAAAUGCGAGAGAGACCUCAACCCACAGGUGGUGUCCUUCUACACCGUACCUAACAAAGUCGAAAUCCUCAAUGUCACAAUGGUGACAGAAACCUCUGUCUCCCUGAGCUGGGACAAACCAGCUGGGGGAACGGUUUCCUAUAUUAUUAAUGUCCAGGGAGAGAAGAAUCAGAACAUUCAGACCAAUCUAACAAGUUACACAGUCAACAGUUUGAUACCUGGAAACCUUUACACAUUCACUGUCACCUCAGAGGUUGAGGACAAGUCCCAACGGAGUGAAGGAUUCAACAUCAUGAAAUACACCAAGCCCUCCAAAGUGUCCAACCUGCGGGUGUCUGAUAUUACCAACACCUCGCUGCUGCUUACAUGGGCACCACCUAUAGGAAACGCCACAAGUUACAAAGUGAAGGCUGUGAAUGACAGUAAUUUUAUGUUGUUUGAUAAUUGCACGGAGAAGCAAACAAAUGUGACAGUAACAGGGCUGCCAGCAGGCACCAAGAUAAUCCUCAGUGUAGCAGCACUGGUCAAUGACACUGAGGAAGGAAACACCGUGACCAUCAUCAGCUACACUGUACCUAACAAAGUCGAAAUCCUCAACGUCACAAUGGUGACAGAAACCUCUGUCUCCCUGAGCUGGGACAAACCAGCUGGGGGAACGGUUUCCUAUAUUAUUAAUGUCCAGGGAGAGAAGAAUCAGAACAUUCAGACCAAUCUAACAAGUUACACAGUCAACAGUUUGAUACCUGGAAACCUUUACACAUUCACUGUCACCUCAGAGGUUGAGGACAAGUCCCAACGGAGUGACGAAUCCAUCUAUCCAUCCAUCCGUUGUCAACCGACUAUCUUGUGUACAUGGUGGUGGGGGAGCCUGAGUGAAGGAUUCAACAUCACGAAAUACACCAAGCCCUCCAAAGUGUCCAACCUGCAGGUGUCUGAUAUUACCAACACCUCGCUGCUGCUUACAUGGGCACCACCUAUAGGAAACGCCACAAGUUACAAAGUGAAGGCUGUGAAUGACAGUAAUUAUAUGUUGUUUGAUAAUAAUAACACGGUGAAGCAAACAAAUGUGAAUGUAACAAACCUGCCAGCGGGCACCAAGAUAAUCCUCAGUGUGGCAGCAAUGGUCAAUGACACGGAGGAAGGAGACUAUGUGACCGCCGUCAACUACACUGCUCCUAAUCCAAUUUCAAACCUGAAUUUGGUCCCAACAAAUGUCUCCCUCAAUGCCACCUGGGACCCUCCUGUGGGUGAUUAUUCAUCGUUCAAGAUUGUGCUCCAGCUGGAUGGCCAAACUAUUAAUACAACAACCAGCCUAACACCUCGGAUGCACUUUCACAACCUGACGGCUGCAGCCAAAUACACAGUGACUGUCUACAGCGUUGGUGGAAAUCUCAGCAGCACCCCAGUGACUCUCUCCAACUUCACCUUGCCAUCGCCACCUACUGAUAUCACAGCCACUUCCAGCAAUAAAAGCAUCACAUUCAGUUGGAAAGCUCCUGUCAACUCACAUACAGUCAACUACAGUGUCACAAUCGACUCCAGCUUCUGGGUCUCCACCGAGUCUCAUCUUUUGAAUGACCAAACCAGCUACACAUUUAGUAACUUGAAGUCAGGGACCAAGUACAACUUUACAGUGAAAUCAGUGGCCCAUGACUUGUCAAGUGAUCCAACAAGUGCAUCAUAUUCUACAGUUCCAGUGAUUAAGACAGUCAGUCUGUCUAUGUUGUGCUCCUCAGCAGAACGUCUCUACUGUGAUAAAAGCACCACAAGGGAAAAAGUUUUUCAACAGCUGAAAAAACAUUUCACCACCAACUGGGGGGACAGGAUUGUCUGGCAUCUCGAGCAGCAGAAAAGUGAAAACUAAGACAUUUAAUGUUUUCUUUUUCAAUUAGUUACUUAGUGUAUUGGUAGAGGUACUUUACACUAAUGAUUUCUAGCUUGUGUUCUUUUUUUGGAAAUGUGUUCAUGUUAAAAGCUUUUGUUAUAUGCUGCAGCCUACUUCUGUCCAGGAAAUCAAACAUUAAGCUGCUGUGUAUGAUAUUAAGUCAGAAGAAUUGAGAGGAAUUUUAUCUUGUGAUUUUUAAAACGGUACAAUUCUUAAAAUGUAUUGUAUUCAGAAUUUAAAUUAACCCAAAUGUUUUUUGGUGUUGUACAGCUCACUCAAAGAUGGAAGUCGCGAUAAAAAUAGUUAGUGUGGUAAAAAGAAUCCUAUGUAAAUCAAAAUUAUGAGAAAGAAUAAUAAUAAACACAUGUUCACAAACUUACAAGAUAGAAGUCAAAUUAGCUUAACGUAAUAAUUUUAGUUUGAAUCAUGUUUUACUUUUAAUCCUUUUUUUCUGGUGAAAGAGGGUCAUCCAAAUGUCUGUUAAUAAAUAAAAAGAUCUUGUUUCUGUG